AUGGAGAUCACUCAAUACGAGUCCAGCUCCAGAGAUGAUCAUCACUGGGUGGAGAAACUCUUCCCUCCUCGAUUCACCUUACAAAACUUGCUGGAAAGUCAUACAAACACUAAUGAACAAGACAACAGUUCAAUGAAACCAUUAUCAUCUGACUCCACAGACAGGGCUGAAUCCCAGAGGAGCCGCAGAAGACAGAUCUACCUGAGGGCUUUGAAAGAAGUCCAACACACUGAGCGAACGCUAAAAACAGAGACCUUAACCAGGAGAAUUAUCAGACACGAUCAGCCUGAACAUGAAGGAGCAAACUCUGACCAGACUGACAUUGAGAGAUGCAUUUGGACUGAGAGAGACAUCAGCAAACUACGGAGUUGUUUGGAAGAAGUGGAGAGGGACAGAUGGCGACUAAAGCAACAGCUCAGUUAUACAGAAGACCAGCUUAAGGCAGAACAUGAGCAAAGGAUGAAGCUGCAAGGCAUGGUGGAGAAGUUGGAGGAACAGUUAAGCCUCUCCAAAAAAAGGGCUGCACGUCAGGCCCUCAUGAUGAAUGAUCUCAAGUCAGAGAGCCAAAAAAUGAACGCUCAGUUACGUAAGCUGACUCUAGAGGUCAGGGAAAAGGAGGAAGAGGCGAACAGGUGGAAGACAACUCUGAAACAAGCCAAAGAGGACAUGCAGGAGGGUGUACGGGAGCGCUCCAAACUCGCUUGGGAACUGGAAAGAGUGCGAGAGCAGUGGAAGUGUGAAGGAGAAAGGAUUGAAAAAGCAGCUCGGAUAGAAAAUGAGUCUGUGCUGAUGAGGCUUCAGAAGGAGCUCGAACAGGCCAGAGCUGAUACACAUGCAGAGAAAGAAAGAGAUCACUAUCACUGCAUGGAGAAUCUGAAGGCUCAAAGCUUCAACAAGCUUAAGGACAAAACCUCCUUUAAAACCCUGUCAGCGGAAUAA